GGGCGGUGCCAGAUUGCGUCAAUGUGGCAGGGAGAGCUUCUGUCUGUGUGCUUGCUGCAGGUGAAGCCAGUGAACUGCUCUCUGCCUCUCUCCUGCAGCUAGGGCGACUCACACUCACUGCGUGAUGUUGCAAUCUCCCAGACUGUUAUAUUCAGCUACAUUGUGACCCAGCCUGCAUUCCACCGAGACACAGCACACAUACACACUCUCUUUCUCUACCAGUUAUUGCAACUUUGUUUCUGCCAAACAGGGCUAACUUGUCCCUUUAAGCUUCGACUACAUCCCAUUCUCACCCCAGGGGGACUACGGCUAAAGUUUGCAAUACACCAGUUCGCCUGGACCGUAUCGGUGCGUCCGUGAGCACCUCUGCUGAGCCGAGCUGGGAUCUUCUGCAGGACUCGACGCCUUGUUUCUGGAGUCUGGGGGAACUCAGUGAGGGAAGGGCAGGGGUAGGGAAUAGAACCCCAAUUUCAUCCCACAGCCGCCACAUAGCCCGGAGGUUGGUGGAGACGGAUGUCUGAGACUUGUGCGAGCUGAUUCUCUGGUCGUCUGUUCGAAUGAGGAAUGUAAAGACUAGUUAACGCUCUGAUAUUGGCGUCUUCACCAGCUCCAGACGAAGAAAAAACUUUUUGGUUCCCCCUCGCCUUGCUGUUUGGAAUCUCCUGAUUCUUCACCCCCCCCUUGAUCUCUCUUGCUCCUCAGACCGAGCAGUUUUAUUUUUUUAAUGAAUUUAAACGUGCAGAGGGUGAGUCCCAUUCCGAUCCUCCGCAGCGGCCGAUGGAGGCAGAAGCGGCUAGAGACCGACGAGCCGGCUGCCAAGUGCCCGCGGCUCAGUGACCCACCCCCGGACAGCAGCUACCUCCCCUCCCCAUGCUCCCCGAACCCCACCGAGAGCUGCCCGUGCCUUUCUCAGGCCUCGGCUCGGAUCGGCAACUACAUCCUGCUGCAAAACCUGGAAAAGGACAAUGUCUUCAGGGCCAUCGACAGCCACACCGGAGAGGAAUUCGUGUGCAAGGUUUUUGACAUUCAGCGCUACAGAGAUGAAAUCGGACCGUAUCUGCAUAUCCCAGCCCACGAAAACAUCACGGCGAUCGAGGAGAUUCUCCUAGGGGAGCGGAGUUGCUAUGUGUUUCUGCAGAAGGGUUAUGGCGACAUGCACCUGUACAUGAGGAGCUGCAAACGGCUGGGCGAGGAGGAGGCAGCCCGGCUCUUUCAGCAGAUUGUCUCCUCAGUGGCACAUUGCCACGAUUCGGGUAUAGUCCUUCGAGACCUUAAACUCAGGAAAUUCGUCUUCGCUGAUGAACAGAGGACGAUGCUGAGGCUCUCCAGCCUGGAGGAUGCUCACAUCCUGAGAGGAAUGGACGAUUCCCUGUCCGAUAAGCACGGAUGUCCGGCCUACGUGAGCCCGGAGAUACUGAACACCAGCGGCUGUUACUCGGGCAAGGCAGCCGAUGUGUGGAGCCUGGGCGUCAUGCUGUACACGCUGCUGGUGGGGCGCUAUCCUUUCCACGACUCGGACCCCGGCGCCCUUUUCAGCAAGAUCCGCCGCGGUCACUUCUGCAUCCCGGACAGCGUCUCGCCUAAGGCCAAGUGCUUGAUCCGGAGCUUGCUGAGGCGGGAGCCCCCGGAGAGACUGGCCGCUUCGGAUAUCUUACUGCACCCCUGGUUCCGAGCCGCCGCCACCGUCUCCUCCUCCUCCCCCCAGCAGCUCCAGCCCGAGCAGGACGGUCAGAACUCCGACCAGACCGUCCCCCAGUUAGAGACCGACAAACAGCAAGGCAGCCCCUUCCUCUGCUGACCGACCCCGAAAAGGCUCAGAAAACUUCUUGUUUUUCACCCAGCCGUCCGAGGAAAAGGACAGAGCGCCCAUUUCCCCAAGUCUCUCCUCUCUCCAGAAGGAUCUCUCCCAGACCAAUUUUGACCGGUCUGAAACGGGCAUUUAAAUCCUUCCGUUUGGUAGAAGUUUGUUUUUUUUGCCACAAUAUAAGACGCUCACCUUGACCCUGUGUCUCCCCCCCCCCCCCCCCCCCCAGUUUAAGACCAGUCGGGAUGACACAGCCUAAAAAACCUCAGUCUUGUCUUCUGGAAUUUUGUUUAAAGUUCGCCACAUCAUCCCUGAACUAUUUAUUGAUUUGAAGAUUUAUUUAAAAGGAAGCAAGUGCAGUCACUUUAACUUAUUACAUUUCUGUAAGAUUGAAAUUGUUAUGAAUUUUGUUAAUUUCUAUAUAAUUGGUAUUUUUAAAAAAACACAACUUUCCUCCUGUAUUCAGGUUCUUUGCAGAUAUGAGUAGGUUCCUCUUGGCCUUUGGGCCUCUGUAUGUGGCCUACAGCCCUAGGCCAUCCGUUACCAGUGAAGGAGCUCAGUUACUGAAUAGUAGCAGUUCUGAAAUCUAUGGAGUAGUUAAGAAGCAUCAAACCACCAGUGAUGACCAGCAGCCCUCACCAUUCAGCCCUGUUGCUGCCUGGUAGUGUGACCCAAAGUACAUUGUUUGAGCAAUGUCAAUAACAUAACUUGGCAAUGUGCAGGGAUACCAUGUCUCUGGAGGAUGCUUUCUAGCUAUGCACGAUACAGCAACCAUCACUAUAUUGUGUAAACCUAUUUAAUAAAUGGCAGGGAGUCAGUUCAAGGCAGCUACACAAAUAGCUAGGGGUCAGAUGACAUGGAUACAGCAUUUGAGCUGUGCCAUUUGGCUUUCUGAUGUUGUCUGGUCCCAUUAAUUAUACUGUCUUGGUUAACUAUCCCAUAAUGCAUACAUGAUCAUUAUAACACAAUAAAAGAUUGCAUUAUUUUUCAGUGAAGCACUCUUUUUUUAUCAGCAUUAAAUGUCAGAAUCUUGUAAACUUCCUUCUUGACGAAUAACUCGUACAGCUAAUCCUAUUUCUGAAGAUGACAAAAAAAAUUGGGAAUAAUUGGCAACUGGUAAACCUCAGGUGGUAAUAUUUACCAAUGGAAAAGUAAAGGAUAGCUUGGAUGCAUUAAAAAAAAGUAAACAUUGUUUAGGGCAUGUGUUUGAGGGUGUAAUGUACUCUCAGACUUUCAAUUCUUAACCCAGUGUGGUAAAGCCUCCCAAUUUAUCAGUGAUUAGCUGUGUAUUAGUGACAUUCUACUAGAAUAUGGUGGCUUACAAGAGUCAGGUUUUAAACCCUGAUCUUUCGUAACCUUUUUCUGAUCUACAAACCACUCAAAUAGUUCUUUCAGGCUUGGAGAUGCAUUAUAGUCAGUGCCACUGCUCUUGAAUUGUUGUCAGCCUUUACAAAAGGGGUAAAUAAUCAUUCAUUUAACAGGGAAUAUAUUUUAAUUUUGUGAUUUUUUUUUAAAGUACAAGCAUCACACAAAUGAGGCUAAUAUUUGUGAAAACAGCCAAAAUAUUGCCUUGUUCAAUGCCUCUUUGGAUGUUGCUUACCAUUUCAAAAUGUGAUGCGGAUGCUGUGAGCCCCUGUACAGUUGAUGUUACCACAAAUGACUUCCCUGAUAUUGCCACUUCCCCACAGGAACUUUUAAAGUAGGACUUUUUAAAUGCAAGCCUAUUAAAAGGCACAUUUGUCAAUUCAGUAAGGAGACACAUGUUUAAAAAGUGCAGGUUAAAAAGCACUGGUGUUAUGCACUCAUUACCCGUGAUCACUUUAAAACAUUGUCAAGCUGUAAUGAUAUCUUGACUGUAUUUUCACGGUUGUGAAGCAUCACAAAGGCAUCCAAGUUAUGCCUGAAUGUUACACACUUGAUCCUCAGUUAAAAGGUGACCAUUGUUAUUUUUGCUAUGUCCUUCUUUUUGUGUUUUAGAGUAAUUAUGAAGAUGUUAUUUUCUAAAUGUACAUCCGUUAAAGAGCUCAUUAAUUAGUUUUUCAGCUUUUCAAAUGAGGUCACCAACUGUAGGGGUGAAGCCAAAGGUAACAGCAGGGAGAUUAUGCUUGAGUUGGAUGUUGCAUUUUUCAUUAACUACUGUGUAUGUUCUGUUAAUACCUCAUGUGAAGUGGACAGGUAAUCUGUGUCUUGUCUUGCAUUUUUUUCAGAAAAUAUUGUAUUGUUGUUGUGUUAAAGAUCAGUGUAAAUGUGAAUUAUUACAAGCAAUAUUAGAAGAAAAUCAUGAGGUUUAAGGUUUAAGGGACAGUGACAUUUUUCUGUUGCACUGAUGCUCUCAUGGUUGUUAAGCUUAUAGUAUCUAUGAUACAAUGAUAAAAAGAUAAAACUACUGGGAAAUGCAAACCCAAACUGGCAGCAAUGCCCUGUUGAAGAAUAUGAAACACUAUUUUAGAAAUGUAAAUAAGUGAAAAUGUACAGAUGUAAAUGAUCUUAUAGCAAUAAAGACAAAAAUAUCAGAACAAA